AGAGCAACAAGGCAGGCGGAGUUGAGUUAUCCAUUUCACAUCUCAAUCUCUUCGCCUUGCUUACGCUAGCUCUCUCCUGCUGUGCCGCUGCCGCCGCCGCCGCCGCCGCCGGCCGCUCAAUCCAACCCACCCGGCGGGCGACGGCAGGCAGGGUUUUGUGAUAGCGAUGGCGGCUGCGAGUGCCACUGCCUCGCUCUCCGCAGCGGUGGCCUCUCACCGUCCUAGACACCAGCGACGGCUUAGCGCUCUCCCACGGGCCCCCGCGCCACCGCCGCGCUCCCUCAGGCUGAACAGUCUCAACUCCCCUCGCGUGGCCUCCUCUCCCUCUCUGUGGGAGGCCAGCGUACGAGCUGAGUCCGACUCGCACGGAGCCGGAGGCGGGGGCGACGUCAUGGGGCUCCUCCUCCGGGAGCGCAUCGUCUUCCUCGGCAACGAGAUCGAGGAUUUCCUCGCCGACGCAGUCGUCAGCCAGCUCCUCCUCCUCGACGCUGUUGACCCCGACUCUGACAUCCGCCUCUUCGUCAACUCCCCUGGCGGAUCACUCAGUGCGACAAUGGCCAUCUACGAUGUAAUGCAGCUUGUGAGGGCAGAUGUUUCCACUGUUGGAUUGGGCAUAGCUGGUUCCACUGCUUCUAUAAUCCUUGGUGGUGGCACAAAGGGCAAGCGAUUCGCCAUGCCCAACACCAGGAUAAUGAUCCAUCAGCCUGUGGGAGGUGCGAGUGGGCAGGCCUUGGAUGUAGAGGUUCAGGCCAAGGAGAUAUUGACGAACAAGAGGAAUGUCAUCCGGCUUAUAUCAGGUUUCACGGGACGCACUCCGGAACAGGUUGAGAAAGACAUUGAUAGAGACAGAUAUAUGGGUCCUCUUGAGGCUGUUGAUUAUGGGCUCAUCGACGGUGUAAUCGACGGAGACAGUAUCAUCCCACUUGAGCCUGUCCCGGAGAGAGUGAAGCCGAAAUACAACUACGACGAACUGUACAAGGAUCCACAGAAGUUCCUUACACCUGAUGUCCCAGAUGAUGAGAUAUACUAAGCUAGGUAAUUAUCCUGUCGUUUGCAUUUGGCACGGCAAGGGAGCUGCUUGCUAUCAUUAUCAAACAAAGAUGAUGAUCCCAGCACUAGUUGAUUUUUCCUGCUGUAUAAUAACCGACUACCAUAUGAUGAUUGUUGAGCAGGCAGUUAGACUUAUUGGUUGUGUUUGUCGAUGAAAUGCAUGCCUUUUGGUCCGAA